UUUCAACCAAAAAUAUGAUUUCUAGCGCCAUCUAUUUUCAACCAUAAUGGGUAUAACAAACAUUCUGAUUUUUUUUCACAAUCGGUAUUUCAGUAUAAGGGAUAUUAGUACGAUAAGGGAUUUAAUAUUAUACUGUGAACGUUCGUUUAAUGCACGAUGAGAACGCCUAUCGUUUAUAUUGAGCCAAUGAAUAUACGAUAUAUGAGAAAAGCUUGCAUGCGAUUGGCUCGCGUUAGUAUACGAUUUCUGGAAAUUGCAAUGUCUAAAACUGCCAAUGUAACGUCUAUUACAGCUUAUCUGUGGUGACGUGGUUUAUGAUACAUGAAGGCGUGUAACAUACAAUCUUGCUAUAAAUUACAGUAUUGUGAGAUGACAUUGCUCGAAAUAUAAUACACGAUGAAAGAUUAUAAUUGUAUACAGUAUAAUGGAGAAAACAUAAUUCAAUAGUAUUAUAACUUUUUUCACAAACGCCAUUUAAUAAAGAGGUGAUAUUUAUAAUGACAACUCCUAUGCGUGAAGAUGGAGGUCCUUUGCGAGAAUGGGCCCCUCUUGCUAUGCUUCUUGAGCAAAUACCUGCAAAACUUCAAACUGGACUUUUCACCUAUAACAUUAAUUUUACUUGUAUCGAUGCAGUGCCUGAAUUUAUAGCUAUUGGAACUAAUCAUGGAUUAGUUUAUUGGUUUGAUAGAGAAAAACAAGAUCUCCAGAGGCUUAGGUGUGAGAAUGUUAAUUCAAAAAUCACAUGUAUUCAAGUAAUAUCAACUGUAGAUUAUAUGGUUGCUGCUGGUAGUGAACAUGGUGUAGUAACUGUAUUUCAAAUACCUAAAAGUCCACCAGAUUCAUUACCAGAUAGCUUAAAACCAAAACAGAAAAAACAGGUAGAAAGAUAUAGUAUAAGUGGUUUGCAUAAUAGUGCAGUAACUACAGUUGAAUGGUCUAAAAAUGGUAUGAAAUUAUUUAGUGGAGAUCAGGAUGGUUUAGUAGUACUUACUGAAAUUGAUUUUUACAUGCAUUUGUCAAAGUCAUCAGAAUUAUUAAAUGAAAAGUAUGCAGUAGUACAAUUGAGUUAUCAACAAGGUUUAUUAUUGGUUUCAACAACAUUACGUACAAUAUUAGUUAACAGAAAUGAGAAUGGAAAAGUGACUCAAGUUGGUCAAAAAGAACGGAAAACAUUAGGAAGAUUAGGUGCUGUAUUUGGUUGCCGACAAAAUUAUAGCCAAGAUUUAGUAAUAUAUGCCAGUAGACCUGGAUUACGUUUAUGGCAAGCCGAUAAAACUGGAACUGUUUUGAAAACACUGAUCUUUAAGGAUGCCAUUCGGUCAGGUCAUACACAAGUGGAACUUUUGAAUCCUGCACCAGAAAGUUCUAAAAGAAAUCGCGGGGAACCGACAUUCGGUGUUAUUUUGGCUUUUUGUGACGAUUUACUAAUUACAUAUAGCGAUGAUGUAAUAUAUGUAGUAAAUCCACAGACUAUUGCUAUAACGUCUGUUGUAACGGAUUUACGUCGUGUUACCGACGUUGCUUGCACGAAAGAUGAAAUAUUUGUUUUAGAAGGUGAAAGAAAUAUUAUACGUAUUGCAUACUGUCCUGAAAGUAAUAUUUUCUCAUCAGAAGCGAAAACUACGUUAGAUCCACUUUCAUCGUUCGCUGAAAUUAGCAAACCGGUUACUAAUGGUAUAUUGGAAUUAACUUCUAAGUUGAAAGAAAGCACAAUAGUGCCAGCUAUUCCUUUUCAUAAAAUCAAACCCACCAAUAUUAUUCAGUCUGUAGGUAUUGUACCAGUUGUUACUGCUGAUACUGAUGCAACUUCAGUUGCAAAUGCGGAAGAAGCUGUAGAAAUACCUCCAACUAUAUCCAUGACGGAUCGUAGAAAUGCAACAGAUAACAAUGAUACUCCAGAAAGAAGAAAUGUCGAACAGAAUGGAAAAUACAAUGAUAGAAGACAAAUAUUUGAAAAGAUUAGUCAACAAGAAUUUGAAGACGUUGUUUUUACUCCAGAGAGGAAAAUUAAGAAAUCACGCAAUAAAAUGAUGAAUGGAAAUGGAAAUUGUUCAUCGUUAUCUGACGUCGAUGAUUCGUCCGUUUUUAAUAAGGAUAAGAUAAAUGCUAAUGAUGCAAAGACAACACAUUCUGAUUUACUUACGCUCAGCAUCGACGAUGAUUUUAUACUAAGAACCGAUAGAAAUCUUGAAUCAAUUCAACGUGAUGUAGAAGACAAAGAAAAACUUUUAGCUGAUGUUUUGGAUUUUGAUUUAUCGAAAUAUAAGACAAGCAGUCAAAUUGCUACUACUAAUUCAAACGUAUCUCAGUCUGCCGAUACAAUUACGAAUGCUGAUUGCAAAACACAUUCCAAUGAUUCUUUAAUAGAGGACAAAAAUGAGCAAAAUGAAUAUAAUGAACAUAGUGAUCAUACCGAAACUGAGUCUGGGGACGAAGAUGUUAGUUAUCGAACUGAGUUAAAAAGGUUAGAAGAUUUAGGCGAAUGUAGGAAGAAGCUACUGCAAGAUAAAUUAAAUGAUUCUUCGUUACAUUCGAAUAAUCAACAUAUGGAUAGACGCGAAUUGGAAAUUAAGUUUCGUAUUCUAUCAAAAGAAUCUAUAUUGUCAACUACACUUGAAGAUGAUGAUUGGGUUGUAGUCAAGAAUGAUAUGUUUUCCGUUACAAUGUAAGAUAAAAUAACAAAUUAUCUUAGAUAAAAUUACUUUAAUUUUUAUGAAUAUUUAAAAAGGAUAACACAGUUUAAAUAGAUGUGUCUUCAGUUUUUUUGCACAUCUUAUAAUAGAAUCUUCACUGAAAUCAAAGCAUAAUUAUGUAUACAUUUCUAUAUACAAAAUUAAGAUUUUAAUGAAUUUUCUAGUCUUGUUGUAGCAUAAUAUGUUUUAAAAGUAACAUAAAAAAUCAUGUUCAAUGAAUAGUAUUUAUUUUAAUUGUGUAUUGCAAAAUAUUGCAAUCAUAAUUUUAUUGUAAUGUUCUCUUUUUUGAAUUAAUCAAUUUUUUUUAUUUCCUCAAUGGGAAAUUGUGAUAAAUUUUUUAUAAGAUCUAUCCAUGUCAAGUAUUAUUUGUGUAUUGUUACGCAUUUUAAAUAAUAUGUAUGUACUUUGUGUUUAUAUUAUUAGUAAGCAACAUUCCAAUUUGCAUUUUUGUGGCAAAUACACGUUUGAAAGUAAAAAUGAUAUAUGUAUAAUCGUUCUAUUAUCACAUGAAUGGUACUCAAAAAUAGACAUUUUUUCGAACACUCCAAAGAUUGUAAAUUUCAUUGUAAAUGCAGGCACGAAUUUCAAAUACAAUUGUAAUUAAUAUUUUAAGUAAGAAUACUUUUGCAAUAUUUCAGCUUUUGCUAAUGUUAUAAAAAUUUGACUGUUAUAUGCAGAUACAUUUAUGUAUUAAUUUGAAAUAUGAAAAAAAUGGUAAAAAUUACAUUCUUAGAUAAUAAAGAAAGCAAUACUUUAUUCUUAAUUUUUAUUACUUACACGUGUAAAAUGAAAUAAAGGUAUUUUAUGUAUGAAACAAUUUCAAGAAAUGAAAAACAA